AUGGGGCCUGGACGACAACUCAGCAAGUCUAUAUGCGCGGAUACACUUUCGAGCGUAGUCGUUCACGAAUUGGAGCGCCCCGAUCCGGGCAUGUGGGGAGGGUUGAAUCUAUACCUCAAAACCCAGCACAUUAUCGCACCAACCGAAAGUUUCUUCCAGAACGGCUGUAGUUGUGGUUGUAUAGAGCACCUCUGCAACUUCACCCACAAACAAUAUGGUACAGGCUACGACCUGUCCAACUCCGUCUUCUCGCCCGAUGGUCGCAAUUUCCAGGUUGAAUAUGCGGUCAAGGCGGUAGAAAACGGUGGCACAGCGGUUGGCAUCAAGUGCAAGGACGGUGUUGUACUGGCUUUGGAGAAGCUUGUCAGCAGCAAGCUACUCAAGGCUGGCGCAAACAAGAGGAUAGCAACGGUAGACAGGAAUAUGGGCAUAGUCUCUUCAGGUCUCCUCCCCGACGGUCGCCACUUCGUUUCAAGAGCUCGCGAUGAGGCAGCCCAGUGGCGGCAGCUAUAUAAAGCGCCCAUCCCUGUCUCCUCGCUCGCCGAUCGUAUGGGGAGCUAUGCCCAAGCAUACACACUCUACUCCAGUGUACGACCAUUCGGUAUCACAGCCAUCAUCGCUGGAUGGGAUUCAGAGGAGGAGCUGCCUGUGGAUGCCCAGGUUGGUUCAGGACCCAAGGUAGGCUCUGGCGGCAAGAAAGAGGGCGCAAAGCAUGGCGGUCCAUCGCUAUACAUGAUCGAGCCAAGCGGUCUAUACUGGGGCUAUUAUGGCGCCGCGACAGGCAAGGGCCGACAAAUUGCCAAGUCAGAGCUCGAGAAGCUAAACCUUGCCGAUGGUGAGCUUUCCCUUGAAGACGGCGUCAAGGAGGCUGCGCGUAUCAUUUAUGUCGCGCACGACGACAACAAGGACAAGGAGUUUGAAUUGGAGAUGACAUGGAUUAGCAACCUCGCAGGACCCACCAAGGGUAGGCACGAGGAGGUACCCAAACAUAUCCUGGAAGAGGCUGAAAAGUUGGCCAAGAAGUCACUAGAGGGCGAUGACGAUGACGAGGAGGAGGACAAGAUGGAGUCAUAA